CGUUUAGGUGUAGCAGCUGGUGCGCGCGCUCGCGGUGUUCUGAGUGCGGGACACCAUCAGGUUGUGUUUAACUUUGUGUAACUUUAUACACUGACAGCGGAAACCUGGUGCUGUGAACAACCUCAUGUGUGUGAGUGAGUGUGUGUGUGUGUGUGUGUGUGUGUGUGAUUCGGUCGGUGGCGUCUCUUCAGUCUGGAGUCGAGUUUAAUUGAGUGUGAUUUCAUUCCCGUCUCAGUGGCGAUGGCCGAAGCGCCGCAGCUCCAGACGCGCGACUCGGACCCGGAUUUCGAGCCUUUCUGCCGCCCGCGGUCCUGCACCUGGCCGCUGCACAGACCCGAGUCCUCUCCGGCGGCUUCGGGAGCGGAAGCAGAGCCGCGAGACCUGGACUUCAUGGGCGGGUUGAGUUUGGCUUUGCUGGAGGAGCCGGAGACGGAGACGGAGGACAGAAAAGCGCACGGAUUUCGGAGCGAUGAAGCGCCGCAGCAGCAGCAGCAGCAUCAUCAGCAUCCAGCGCUCUCCACCGCUCAGGUGCAACAGGUGCCUCAGCAUCACCAGGUGCAGGUGCAGCCUCUUUCCUCCUCUUCAUCCUCUACGACCUCCUCUACCUCAUCUUCAUCCUCCACAUCCUCGUCGUCGUCUUCGUCGUCCGGGCAGAGGAAGAGCAGCUCGUGCCGGAGGAACGCGUGGGGCAACAUGUCGUACGCAGACCUGAUCACGCAGGCGAUCGAGAGCUCACCGGAGAGACGACUGACCCUGGCGCAGAUCUACGAGUGGAUGGUGAAGAGCGUCCCUUACUUUAAAGACAAGGGGGACAGCAACAGCUCAGCCGGCUGGAAGAACUCGAUUCGUCACAAUCUGUCUCUGCACAGCCGCUUUGUGCGCGUCCAGAACGAGGGCACGGGGAAAAGCUCGUGGUGGAUGCUGAACCCUGAAGGAGGGAAGAGCGGAAAAUCCCCGCGCCGCAGAGCAGCGUCCAUGGACAACAACAGCAAGUUCCCCAAGAGCCGUGGACGAGCCGCUAAGAAGAAGGUCGGCCUGGACGGCGGCUCCACCAGUCCCAAUUACUCCAAGUGGAGUCCGAACUCUCACAGUAACGAUGAUUUUGAGGCGUGGGGAUGUUUCCGGACUCGGGCCAGCUCGGACGCGAGCACGCUGAGCGGCCGGCGCUCUCCUUUCCUCCCUGAGGAGGACGUUAGUGAGGGAGGAGAACUGCACCUCGGAUACCAGGCCACUAAAUUAGCCUCCAAACUGCCCAGUCUGUCCGAGGUGACCGGCUCGUUCGGCUCCAAGAACCUGAUGAUGGAAAACCUGUUAGAUAAUCUGAACCUGCUUUCACCCAAGAACAGCGGCGACGCUCCGAGCGCUCCAUUCGCUCCCUACAGCCCAGCGCAGGACUUCCACAAGUGGCAGAGCGGCCUGAGCGUCACCUCCGUGACCGGCCACAGUCUGUCCAGCAGCAAGGCGGUGGGGUAUAACCCCUACGUAGGGCAGUAUAAUUGCCCUACAGGGCUUUUAAAGGAACUCCUGAGUAACGACGGGGAACCCAGAGGAGACGUCUUGCCCCCCAUGGAGGCAGCGGGGCCACAAGGAGGGAGAGUUUUACCCCCCUAUAGUGCUCAAGGGCACAUGGGGCAAGCAGGAAAAGCCAUGGGUUCACACACACACGCUCACACACACACCUCUACAGCAGUGGGCAUGAAUAGGUGUGCCCUCCUGCCUCAGGGACAUCUCAGUCGUCAUGGCAACAUGAAGCCGUAUCCUCACCUGCCGCACAUGGGAGGAGGAGGAGGAGGAGGAGCUGUCGAUUCCACACCGCCAAGUUACUGCAUCGUCAACAGCAACGGUUUCCACAGACACGCCCCGGUUCUGCCGCAUCAUCACCACCAUCACCAUCACAACCACCUGGAGAGGUUGCCUAGCGACCUGGACGACAUGGCGAUCGAGCGGCUGGAGUGUGACGUGGAGAGCGUGCUGCACGACACGCUGAUGGACGGAGACGCGCUCGACUUCAACUUCGACCCGGCCGCCAGCCAGCAGGGCUUCACACACACUGCUGUCAAGAGCAACACACACAGCUGGGUGUCGGGGUAAACACACACACACACACACACACACACACACACACACAUACACACACAAACACACACACACACACACACACACACACACACACUGGCAGACAUUCAUUAAGAAUUAAUUUUAUAUAUGAUAAAAGUAUAAUAUAUGAAAGUUGGGAGAUUUUAUUCUUGUUCAGAAUUUUUAAUGCACAAAAAGCUGAACUUUCCUGCCUUUUAUCAGUCUGUUUUUCCCACCAUUAUUAAUUCAGUAAAGAAGAAUAAAUCUGCUAUGAAAUUAGUAUAAUAAUAAUAAUAAUAAUAAUAAUAAUAAUAAUAAUAAUAAUAAUAAUAAAUUGAAGGACAUUCAUCUGUUGUUUUUAAUGACUAUA